AUGGCUGCGAUUUAUCGCGUGGGCGAACGUGUCGAUGGAUUGUAUGAUGAAAAUCGAGACAAUAUGUGGUAUCCAGGGCUUGUACGAUGUAUACAUCAAAGUGAAAGUGGAGAUACAGUGACUUUUGAAGUGCUUUACGAUGACGGCGAAGCUGAAUUAAAUGUUCGACCGGAAUUUCUUCGUCUUCAUGUACCGGGUACAAUUUGUGUUGGAACACGUGUGCUUUGUCAUUAUGACGGUGGAAGUGAAUUGUACCCAGGUCAAGUUAGUGAUGUACAGGAGAAUGGAAGAUAUGGUAUUGCGUACGAUGAUGGAGAGGUGGAGCAUGAUGUUCCGAUUGAGCACAUUGAAGAGAUUAAUGAAGAAACGGAAAACAAGAAAAUAGAUGAAGCAACAGAGAAUGGGAAUAUAGAGGCAAGUGAAGCUGUAAAAGAUCUGGAUGAUCCUAAGCAGGUUGAAGAAUCGCAGCAAAAUGGAGAAGGUAGUGAAAUAGAAGAAACUGAAAAUCAUGCAUUGGAUGGUUUUAAUGGUGCAGAUACGUUGCAGGAAAAUACUGAACGUGAUCCAGAGACACCAGCGCUUAACAUAUCGCUAAAUUUCGAGCAAAAGCUUCAGAACGACAUUCAAAGUCACGAUAAUUUUGCAGAGCCAACAAAAAUUUUCGCACAGCAUGCGUUAAUACAUGACUCUCUUGAGCUACUUGAGAAGCGGCUUGGUGAUCCAGCUUCUACUAAAUCCGUUUUAUCUACUUUGGUAAAGCAAAUGCGAGCUUCUCCACAGGAUACAGCUGAAGGGGUGAAUACUCGCAAUGGUGAGCGUCUAGUCCUUGACGCGCUUCGUAUUCAUCAAUCCCACGCAGUUAUUCAAUGCUAUGGCUUUGUGCUGCUUCGACGACUGUGUUUCCUUAGUACUCAGAGCGCACAAUUUUUUGUUCAGCAUGGCAUUGUCGAGUUGAUUAUUCAAGCCAUGAAUGUAUUUCCGGAUGAUGCUAUACUGCAAGCUUCAGCCUGUGGCGCGCUGGCGGUUUUCACAACGAUACAGACUGGGCUGAAUAGCCUUAUUGAACAUCAAGUUGCAGACUUGGUGCUAACGACGUUAAUUUACCACAAGACGUAUAGUGUACAUACGCGUCAAGUGCAUUAUUACGGAUGUGAAGUGUUAUUGGAAUUGUGUGAGCUGGACGAUCGUCAGACUUUCAAUAUGCUAUGUGGUGAUCAAGACGGAUCUAUAGGUGACAUGCCCCCCAUUUCAUUACUUCUCUUUCUGCUGCGUCAAGGGCUUUCGCUUGAUGAUAAGAAAACUUGCUGUGCAGUUGGAAGCUUACUUAUGUGUUUAGCAGCUAGUGGUGAGCAUGCUGCAGUUACAAUCAUGAAUUUGAACGGAGUCGCAGAGCUCUCAUCAGUUAUGGCUCGAUACCCAAGCGAAGCCAGCAUUCAAAAGUACGCGUCCGCUGCUUCGAAACAAAUGGCGCAAUGCAACUCACUGUCACUGCCGACAACGAAAAUAAAGGAGGUAGCUCAUGACAUUUCACGAGAAACCAAGUCUACUAUGAAUAAAAACUAUAUGAAGAGUAGCGCACAUCAGCGGUUUACAGGUACUGGAAAGCGGAAGGGUAAUUGGAUUAGCGACUACGAAGCGCCGAUGUCUUCACGUGGCUCGAAAAUUGCUCAAAACUCUAGCGCUAUGCAUCGACAUCCAAGAGAGUGGAACCACGAUUACGCACACGCUGAAGCAGGUUUUGGGGGCGAAAUACGCUAUCCAAAACAGGCUGCGUCGGCACCACAGCCAUCAAGCAGACUUGUGCUCCUUGAGGGAACGAAUGGCCGUGAUUCUAACUACAAGUACCGACAAUUGUCAAAAGAAGCUCGACGAAAUGAGCUUUAUGAAGCCUAUGGCAUGCCGAAUCGCGGUGCCAAAAGACCCCAUAGACCAAAACGAAGCCAACAAAAAAUUCAUCAUGUUACCGCUGAACAAACGUGGGCGACCGAUUCGUCGAAUUUUAAAUCACGCACGCGACGUCUGAAUUAUUCUGACCGCGACUGUUCUAAUGAUGUGAUGUCUAAUGGACAGAAUGAUUUGAAACAUCAAGAAAGUGAGUCGCUUAAUUCGGCUGAUAGACUCGAAAGCCAUCAAGCACAAGUUGCGAACAGAAAGAAAAAGAGCCCAAAUGCUCGUACUGCGUUUCAUGUGAAAGUGGAAAACGACAAUCAACUGCGCGUCUUAAAAGACACUACUUAUCAUUCUCCACCACACUGCUUGGGUACUGCGACAAAAAGAGCGGCAAAAGCACGGCGAAACCGUCUUUCUGGUGGAAGACCGAACGAUCGUCCGUCAGAGUCGUUAAAUGAAUACGCUCGCCACUUGUUUCAAGAGUCAGCCAGCCAAGGAGGAAUAAACAUGUCGAGAUUGACACCACGCGAGAAAGAAGAGAUCCGAGAGCGUGAACGACUGAGCUUUGCUGAUAAGCUGCACAAGAUGAUCGACCGAGCCAAAUUAACGCUGGCGAAUGGCAAUACCGCUUCAGUUCCUGUCCAACAGCACGCGAUGAAGCGGCUUCAAAAGUCAAAUGCAUCUGGUAGGGCUACAAGGAAAGCACAACAAGUGUCCUCAAAACUGUCUGAAAACAGUUGUUCGCAGUCACAGCAAACGUGCACCCCAGUGAGCAGAACAUCAAAGCAACCUACAUAUUCAUCACAUCGAGAAUCCCUAGAAACAAGACCGGCGAAACCGACUUUGCAAAUGUCAAAGCGUAUAAAGCCUUCAAAUGUCGCUGCCUCAAGUCUUGAAAUUUCACGGCAAAAAGCGAGUUCUAUCAAGAAUCUACCCGACUCGAAAUCGCGAGCUGGUAUAGAAGCUGUCAAGGCGACAACCUCCGCUGAUAUUGAAGACCUGACAGAUUCGAAUGUGAAUGCUGACACCGUUAUAAGCUGCGAUUCUCCAGCAGUAGUCGAAGUAUCUCAAGUGAAACGCGAAGAUGCAAAUGCUGUGGAUAGUUCUGUUCCAACACCCACAGUUCAAGUCGAGCCGGAGGCUUCGAUCCGUGAUGAAAAUAUUAAGAUAGAGGUGGAUUCCGUGACAUUCAAUGAUACGGUCCACGACAUUAUAAAUGAUGAGAUAACCAAAUCAAGUGAAGAAAAUGUUGGCGCGAAUACUUUCUUAGUGUCAGCGAGUGUUAAAUCUGUGGAUGUCAACGUUGCUGUGCCCGUGCUAGUUGAAGAAACUGCGGUAGAUAAUUCGUUCAAUCUACCGCAAGAUGAUGCACAGCAGCCACGUGAAGCGUUUGUGGAAGAAGUUGAUGUCGAUGCUGAGCUGAGGAACGAGCAAAUCGAUGCGAUGUAUGACGAUGCAUUUGUUGAUUAUGACGACAAUGGCGACGAUGAAGAUAUGAUCGAUACUCAAGUUGAUGAGCUUAUUAGUUCAGUAACGAAUAUCAUAGCAGAUCCUCCCAUGCAAGAAAGCAAGAGUGGCGGAGCGUUAUACGAUGAUGAAAAUGAUAAUUUCGACGAUGACGUGGAUCAGGUCGAGGGAAGUGCAGCAAAGGAUGAAGCUAACGCAGCAAUAGAAUUCAAUGUUUUCGGUCAAGAUCAAGUGGAUAUUUUAGAAAAUAAGCGUUUAUCAGUCGAAGAGGACGUUGCUGUCUUUUCCAAGGAUGGAGACGAAGGGAGUUCUUUGCUGGGUAUUGACACGAACGAGACAAUCGAUAACGCCGCUGAUUCAUGUUUGGUAAAAAAGGAGGAAGAAGAUGAAAGUGUUGUCGACAAGAAUUUUGACGAAGAAGAACAAGAUACCGUUGACAAGUACACCGACGAAGAAGAGACUGAACAAUACGACGAAGAAAGUGAAAACGCCAUGGACGCACUAGAUACAGCGACCAAAGCUGAUACCUGUUUAGAUCAUGCAGUUGGCUCAUUGAAUGAAAAUGGCGAUAUACACAAUCACGAGACGGUCUUAGGUGUGGAAACUGUUGGUUCGGAGGUUAGAACGCAAAUGGACGAUGCAGUCGAAUACGAUGAGCCAGUGGAUCAAUUUCAUGUUCUUCAGGAAAAUUCUGAAGCUGUGGGCCCUCUGGAUGAGCCAGAUAAUCCUGAAGAGGCAAAUGUUUCUUCUUUCCAGCAAGUUCAGGAUGAUUUGACUGACGAGAGUGAGCUUCAGGCCGAGGCCGAUGAGGAGUCAAAGGAGCUGCCAGUGGAUAGCUCCAUUCGUAAUGAUCUGUCUGCCGUUUACGAUGAAGACAACUUUGAUGACGAGGACGGUAUCAACGAAAGUGAGCCAGAUGAAUCUGAUGAGAUUCAGUCUUUUGAAAUCAAAACAAAAGAAACAAUCGAGCUGCUUGAAAACAAAGAAAAAGAGGCAACAAUAGUCAACGCUCUUGUUGAUUCUGGUCUUGAUAGUUACGAGUCGCAUACAUUUGUUGCUCAAAAGUCCGAGCUUGUUGUUGAGUCAGCUGCGUACGAUGAAGGUCAAAUUGACGAUGGUGAAAAUUAUGCUGAGAAUAUGUCCACUGAGCUCAAGCCUAUAGCUACUGAGAUGGCAGAAGCCGUGCUUUCACCAACAACAAGCCCAAAUGACGAGGUAGAUUUUAUUUUGAGAAGGGAAGUCAACGAUGACGCUGCAUAUUCGACACCUAAGAUUGAUGAAGAUUAUGAUCGUUAUGAGCAAGAUGACGAAGCGGGAGUUGAGCUGACUGACGAGUCUGGAGGUGAUCAAGAAAAGGGUAGUAAAGGUUCAACUAAGGAGUCGCUGAUAUAUGACGAGUCCUCGGGCUGUGUUGAGGAGACCCCACUUCGUAAUUGGUCAGUCGACGAAGAGGGUAAAGAGUCUUAUGACGACGCAGACGUGAGAAUUGAUGCUGAUGUUCCCAAUUUGAAUGGUAGCGACGGUGUCAUUAUCGCUGCAUCGUCAAAGGAAAGUCCUACAAUCUCACCGGCCGAUAGUGAAAUGCCUGAGAAUGACAUGAAUCUGACUGAUACUGAACUCGUAGACGAUAAUGUUGACUUGUUAGUUCUACAGCCAGCAGCUGUUGACGAUAACGACUUUGACAAAGGUAUGGAAGAGCAAAUCGUAAAUACAUUGAAUGAAGCAGUCAUAAUGAGUGAUGAUGCCGACAUAGCCACGGUGAAAGUGAAGAUAGAGUCUGAAGGCUUUGUUGAUAAUCUCGAUGGCUCACGCUUGGAAAAUGACACGGUCCUCAUUUCUGGAUUGGAGAAAAUGGACAAUCUCGAUCCGAAAACGGCACUAUCCAACGAUGAAGAACAGUCUGCGGGUCAGGACGACUCGAUUAUCCCUGCUGUCAACCAUGUCGAGCAACCUAGUGAUGUAGCUGCUGACAUGAAGCCAGAUUGGGAAGGACAGUCAGAUGAGCAGGAUGAAGAAGAUGGUACGCAUGAGCCGAAAUUGGAACUCGAAUUCACCCAUGAUAAAGACUCAGUUGAAGUCGAUUUUGCUGCAGAGUCUUUGAAUUUGGUAGAGCCGUCAACAAGCGAUUCACACGACGAAUUUGCGUACGAAGAUGCCGAAUUCGAUGAUAUAGAGACUGAUGAUACAAAUGGAAGGACAGAUGCGGUGAAGGAGCUAGACUUGAUAUCAAACAAAGCUGCACCUGGCGACGAGGAGCUUAUCUCUCGUUCUGAGAUUACUCAAGCAGAUAAAGCUGAAUUGACUACGAGUGAUGUUAUAGAGCAAGAAGCUUUUGAUAUGCAGGCUAAUGUGGAUGAAAUUGAAUCGGGAACGUCAUCAAAUCUAUUGGAAGCCAAUGCUGUGGGCGCAGAGAGGCAAGUUGUGGAUGGUGUUGUUGCCAAGACAGAUACAAUCAAUAUAUGCGAUAGUGAAGAGAAACCAUCCGAUGGUGUCCAGGAAAGCAACGAUUUACCGGACAGCGAAGCUGGCCUUGAAGAGGAAGAAGGCGAGGCUAUCAAUGUUAUCCCCAUUUCUUCGAUAGAGUUGGAGGAGUUAGCACCAGACGCAAUAAAUGAUGAAGUCGAAUCUGUCGAAAAGGAGAGUGCGGAAAAUGCCCAUGCCGAGACGUCGGAUAGUAAAGAUGGAAAAGUUGGCAGUGUCGAGCUUGAUCCUCGUCCACCUGAACCUACAGCGUUUGAUAGUGAAGAGCUAGAAGACUUACCUGGGAGUAAAGCUCUAUCGUCUGAUAAAGAGCCAAUUGAUCCCGAUAUUGAAGACAUGCCAGCUUUUCACGAAGAAGUGAACGGAUUGCAAGACUCUAUGUCUGAGAAUGAUAAUCGCACUAAUAUUGAGGAGCAAGCAAAUGAUGCAAAGCUUGAAGAAGAUCCGAGUAUGGUGGCUGCGUAUGGCACGGCGGAUGAAAUUGUAAAGUCUAUGGCUGAUGCUGCAAACUCUGCGAAGGUAAUUGAUAUUUGUGACGUUGUACCUGAUGCUUCCAGUGACACGCUGAUGGAAAGUGUCCAACAAGAUGAAGUGGCUCAAGAAGUGGUACCAACGAGACAUAAUUCUGCAUGGACGCUAGAGCAACUUGACAAGAUUGCAGACUUUAAUACAGCUGUUGUAGAGCCCGUCGGUGCUGCCGAGACUGACGACGCAUAUGAUGAUGACGACGGUUUUAACGACGGUACUGAACCGAGUAUACUUUCUCGAGUUGAGUCUCAUGCGGCCGCGCAUCAAUUCACUGAAGAUGAGUACGAAGAUGAUGAGUACAGUGAAGUUGACACUCCACGUACAGAUGCAGCAGCACAAAGCAUAUUGCCUCCGAUCCCUUCUCGUGAAUCAAUGCUGGAGGAGAAGCCGAACGUUUUGGAAGCAGAAGUAUACAAAAAUGAACAAGACGAGUACAAUGAUGAUGACCAUGAUGAUCGACUUGUUAAAGAUUCCAUUAAAUUCACAUCACGAGCUGAUGGUUCGGGUGAAUAUGAAGACAUUCAUGAGGAUGACACUAAUGACAAAGUGCAAGCCACUUCUAUUCCUCUUCCAGUCGUUCAAGCACAAAACAAUGACGUCGAAAUUGGAAAACAUGAUGAGUAUUCAGACGAGAGUUACGCUGACUCAGACGGUUAG